CAUGCCGGGGAUGGACACAUAGGAUAACAUGCCGGGGAUGGACACACAUAGGAUAACAUGCAGGGGAUGGACACACAUAGGAUAACAUGCCGAGGAUGGACACAUAGGAUAACAUGCCGGGGAUGGACACAUAGGAUAACAUGCCGGGGAUGGACACAUAGGAUAACAUGCCGGGGAUGGACACAUAGGAUAACAUGCCGGGGAAGGACACAUAGGAUAACAUGCCGGGGAUGGACACAUAGGAUGACAUGCCGGGGAUGGACACAUAGGAUAACACGCCGGGGAUGGACACAUAGGAUAACAUGCCGGGGACGGACACAUAGGAUAACACGCCGGGGAUGGACACAUAGGAUAACAUGCCGGGGACGGACACAUAGGAUAACAUGCCGGGGACGGACACAUAGGAUAACAUGCCGGGGAUGGACACAUAGGAGAACAUGCCGGGGAUGGACACACAGGAUAACAUGCCGGGGAUGGAUACAUAGGAUGACA